AAGAUUAACGACUCGACUUCCAUAACAGAAAGCAUGCAGUUGUGUACAGAGAAAAUGGGAGGAAGAAGGGAAAGAGAUCUAGAGCGACUGAUUCCAAAUGCAGGAAUUGAAAACCCUUUUGAAAUUAAUGGAAGCCCAAACUCAUCCCCCAUUUCCAUAUCAGCUCCUCCUGUAUCUUCUUCUUCCUUUUCAUCUUCUUCUCCUUCGCAUCACCACCUUGGAAAAGAGACAGCUUCCAAAGUCAUUCGUAGCUGGGCUUGGAGAAAGUUUAUGACAGGAUGUGUCAUUCUAUUGCCAAUAGCCAUUACUUGCUAUGUCACAUGGUGGUUUAUUCAUUUAGUUGACGGACUUUUCUCACCGGUGUUCGUUCAUCUCGGCAUUGACAUAUUUGGUCUCGGCUUUAUGGCCUCCAUCACUUUCAUUUUCCUGAUUGGUGUCUUCAUGUCUUCAUGGUUGGGAGCUAGUGUUCUUAGUUUGGGAGAAGUUUUUAUAGAAAAAAUGCCCUUCAUUAGCUAUAUCUACUCUGCUUCAAAACAAAUCAGUGCAGCAAUAUCUCCAGAUCAGAACAACAAUGCCUUUAAGGAAGUAGCAAUCUUAAGGCAUCCGCGUAUCGGAGAAUAUGCAUUAGGCUUCAUCACCUCUUCUGUAAUUCUCGAAAUGGCUUCAGGUGCAGAGGAACUCUGCUGUGUUUAUGUGCCUACAAACCACAUUUAUGCUGGAGACGUUUUUCUCAUCAGCUCCAAGGAUAUAAUGAAGCCUAAUCUUUCUGUUCCAGAAGGGAUUGAGAUUUUCAUGUCGGGUGGCAUAUCCAUACCUCGUAUGUUGACCACAUCUGAUGCUUCUCGAGCUAUUCCUGUGGCAGGACUCGGAAAAGUUGUAGUCCCACCAUUUCAAAUAUGAUGUCCCUUCGCGGAUACCCGCCGGGUGGUUCGAACUUUAAAAGUUUGUGCAUUAGCUAAUCAAGAACAGCCCAGAUCAUCAGAGCGGAAAAGUCAACUAGCUUCGGCAUAGAGUUUAGUAUUCUGAUUGUUAAGAGAGCUCUGGCGAUGUAGAAAUCAGAGAGAGCUCUUCAUGGUGAGUAGUGCCCCUCCUCAGCUAAAUGUGUACGAAAGGCAAGAAGAAUUAAUAAUGCUAGAACAUAUUCGUUGUAAUGUUCUGAUGCAGUUAGUUGCUAACCCAAGCAGGAUACGAAAAGAAGUUGCAGAGGCAACAAAAUGAAGCUCGGUUCUGAUAUUAAUAAAAUUCACGUAUGGUUUAUACA